ACGAUCCAAGUCCCACUGCUUUAGUUCACAUGAGCAGGAAGAUUUGCUCGAAGAUACCCUGAAACUGGAACCCAGGCUGGUCUGUUUGCCAGCCAGUGCUUCACUGCUGUCAACCUCAGUCGCAAGUGGCAGCUACCGUGAGUAGCUUCUGUGCAUCAUGAAGAAUUUUUCAUUUCCUGUGCAGGAUAACACACAUCAGACCGAGAGUCCUCCUCCUCACAGGUUCCUGAGUUUGACAAAUCAGUCAGAUCCUAUUGGAAGACCAGAAAGAGAUGAGCAAUUAGCUCAAGUAGAGAUUGCUGUGCUGGGGGUCAUAUUUCUGACAGCGUCUGUGGGCAAUUUCAUUCUCAUUCUCGUGCUGUGGCGAAGAAGAAAGAAGCUGUCUAGGAUGUAUGUGUUCAUGCUUCACCUCAGCAUUGCUGACUUAGUGGUAGCCUUUUUCCAAGUGCUGCCUCAGCUCAUUUGGGAUAUUACAGAUGUUUUCAUAGGGCCAGAUUUCUUGUGCAGAAUUAUCAAGUAUCUACAAUUGCUGGGCAUGUUUGCCUCUACUUAUAUGAUAGUGGUCAUGACAGUGGACAGAUAUCAAGCUGUUUGCUACCCUAUGGUUACUUUCCAAAAGAAGAGAGCUCUCUGGAACAUCCCCAUUUGCAGCAGCUGGUCUAUAGCGCUGAUUCUUAGCCUACCACAGGUAUUUAUCUUUUCUAAGACUGAAAUAUCUCCAGGUGUCUUUGAAUGUUGGGGUGAAUUUAUUCAGCCCUGGGGGCCGAGGGCAUAUGUGACUUGGAUUUUUGUAGUUAUAUUCUUCAUUCCCUCAGCAAUCCUUAUCACAUGCCAGGUCAAGAUUUGCAAAAUAAUCAGAAGAAAUAUAAACGUGAAAAAACAGAAUGAAUGUGAAGCAACAAAUCAGAAUCAAGUCCUGCCGUCCCGAGCAAGCAGUGUGAACUGUAUUUCAAAGGCUAUGAUCAAGACAGUAAAAAUGACAGUGGUGACAGUUGUUGCCUAUGUUCUGUGUUGGUCACCUUUCUUCAUUGCCCAGCUGUGGUCUGUGUGGUUCCCCAGCAUCCUGACCGAAGGUUCAGCAUUCACCAUUAUAAUGCUCCUUGGCAAUCUAAAUAGUUGUGCCAACCCAUGGAUUUACAUGUAUUUCUGUGGCCAGAUUCCACAUUGCACAAGCAAGCAGCUGGAGAAUACCUCGGCUCAAGAGGAAUCCGUGUUCACGGGGAGCAUUCAUCUCGCAGACAGAGACCCUGAGGAGAACAGCACUUCUGCAUAAAUGCUGAGGGCUUCUUGUUGUUUUGUUACAUUCCCUCUGUUCACAAGACAUAUUGAUAUUUUGCCAUCAUCCCUUAUUUUGUGGAUAAGGAAGCUGAAAAAUUGGUUUUUGUUGUAAAAGAAUAUUUCUCUGCAGUUCUGUAGCAUAUUCAGAAAGUUUCUGUGUUGUGCGAGCCUGACUCAGUGCUUCAAUCACCACUGUCUUAUAAUUCCUGUAAAGACUGACAUAGAUACAUAAAAGUAUCUUAGAUAUUUUGUGUUCUGAAGUACUUCCCCAUCUGUGAUUCUGGAUUUCUAAAAAGUAAAAUUUUAUUACUAACUGGUUCAACAAAUUGAAACAUAAUUAAAAAGAAACCUGAUCUAAUUAAACUUAAAUAUGAUUUCAGAGUGAACCAGGAAUUGUUCAUCAUUCUGGUGUGAUUGAGGGACAAUCACAAAUCUUGAGAAGGCAGCACAAAGUCAGAAAAAGCUCUUGCCAGCUCUUACUAGCACCUGGUUUAAAUUAACUCUUUAUGUACAUUUAUAAAAAGCCAAGCAGCUUAAUAUAAUUAAAAAAAAAUAAAAAUUGGUGUGCUCGUGACAUUGAACCCCUACUUCAGUUUCAAAUUCCAUUGUGAAUUGCAGGUAUCAGCAGCAUAACAGCAGUUCAAGUUUUUUGGCUUCACACCAUGGGAUUUGAUUUUCCAUGCAUUUCCUGAUGUGUCAGCAGUUAACUGGACACCUACACACACCCCAUACACACACAUAUACAUACUCUAAAUAAAAGUGGGUGCUAAGAGAGACACUUUCAUUUGGCAUUCAGACCCAUUUGUUCUAGCAUGAGAUUUAUUGACAGAGAACCAAUUAUUAUUUUAUUCUUUAGUAUCCCUUUAGGUUCAAAUUCAAAUAUUUCCCUUUGCUGUAAAAAUAAAUCUGCAUAUCUUUAUUUCAAAUGCCAUUUGUUUGUUGGUUUGUGGGUGUUAUAUGCAGGUAGCUAUUUAUUUCCUUUCAAUGUCUGCAAUCUGAUCAGAGGAAUAUGGAAAAAAUAUCAGCAAGGCUCUUUCAGGUGAAAAUGGAUCUGCAGGGACUCUGUGGCACUUACAUCUGGUGACAUGUAAGCUGUCUACAUUACACUGUGUUUCAUCACAUUUCAGUUCUCUGAGUGCUAGCAGUCUCAAAUUUCAGUAGAAAAGCUAUAAAAUUGUGGGGUUUUAAUGCUCUUUAAAUUGUAGUCAAAGAAAUACUGAUUUUAACUAAGUACUGAUCACAUAGUGAGAAAUUCUGCUGUACGGUGAAUAGUAAUGCUUCGGGUUAAUUUAUGCUGAAAUGACUGCAUAUUCAAUGAUUUCUAUUCUCUGUAUAACUAGACCAGAUAAGGGCAAGAACCAAAUAUUGCUGUUCCUUAUAAUGGGAAAAGUUGGUGCCCCAGCUCAGCUGACAAGUGCCGGUCUCUAUCUGUUAGGAAGAGGAAGAAGGUGGGUGAAGGUAGUACCAGAGCGAGAAUGGGAAGGGUUUGUAUGAAGGUCUUACUAUAAUUACAGCUGGUAGAUUUUUCUUGCUGGUUUUUUUCCACUCUCCCUUCAAUUAGUGGUUAAUAAUUUUACCCCACAAAAAGUUUCCUUUUAGAGCAAAUCUGUAACUCAGGUGAAUGUCCUUAUCGGGGGUAAGAAUAUCCAAGAUACAAUCCAUUCUAUUGAUAGGAUAUUGAUACAGCCACUCACUGACUUCCUAAGACUUUCAGUCAAUUAGCUCUAAGUGAAGUUUUCCCUUUUGACUUAAUCCAAUGGUUAAUGGUAGGAUUUUUGGGGUUUUUUUUCCAUUUCGUUUGAUUGUAGUUACAAUCAGCAUAAUACGCAGACUUGAAAGGAACUGAAAACAGAAAUGCUUCAAGGAAUCACCUGUGUCACUCACUACUGUAUUGGCAGCAAAACUCCUCAAAAGGCACUAAUUUGCAAAGAAAACAGGCAUUCAGAUUGUGUGCAAAGAGUCAUCCAGAUCCAGACCUGGUGGAAGCCACAGACUUCUGUUCAGAUGCUACAGUGGAGUCAUUGUGCCAUUUGACACCACCUGAUCUGAUCUCUGGUAGAAGUUUAAAGGUAUAAAUUCUACUAUUUUCAUUUUUGCAUUGCUGAUAUAUUUGUUGCCAGCUCUAUAAAUAAUUUGGUAGAGUUGGGUUUUGCAAAUAACAGUACCUCGAUGUGUUCAUUAAAUGUCUGAGAGAAAUGUUAACUGUCCCUUAUCUCAGAUAUUUAAAUCAUGUAGUGAAUGAAAUAUCAGAACUUCAGAAGUUCAAUGGUGAUUUUUCACUAUCUGUAAUGUUCAAAACACUUAUAUUUUUGUCUCUCAAGUGUUUUCUUUCUGAUUUUUUCAUUUUCCUUCCUCUGACAUCAGUCCUGCUCCUAAAAAGAAAACUAAAGGUUGCACUAUAGUGCAAACUACAGGCUGUAGAUACUUGUAGUUUCAGUCUCUCAGGAGAUAUUUGAACACAGGUAUUCCAGCUAUUUCUCUUAGGAAAAUGAAGUGGGCUGCAUUUUCCAGAUGUAUGUCCUCAUUCCACAUGCCCUGCCCUGCCUACCCAUGGGUAGCACUGACUAACAGUCUCAGGGGGGAGUUUUGUUCAGGCCCACUGUUUUUCCAUCAAAACUCAUUUUCAAAUGAUGAGAAAUUCAUUUGGGUAAAUUUUUUCCUUUCCCUUUUUAUUUUAAAAAGUCCUUAUAAUGUGCACCUU